AGAGGGUCCGAGCUGGACAUGGCAUCGCCCUGUUUCUCGGUGUCACCCGCCGCCGAGAAUACCACCAUCACUCUGGGAAGGGGGAGCGUCCGUCUCUCCUGAAUGAACCUCCUCACCCGUGUCGAGGCGGCGGGCAGCGGGCUGGAGAAGGACAGAGACUGGCGAUCCCUGCUGCCGCAGCCGUCAGAACCGUUGGAACCGCUCGAGCCAUUCUGCUGCAUGCGCGCGGCGAGCCAACCGUCGGCACCGAAUUUAGAGGGUAGUAGCACGAGCCACAGCGCGCGACUGCUAGUAAAAACAAUAACAACGUAGGGGUGAGGGUGGGGGCGCGUGCGACUUCUUGAGCACACCCCGCCUUCAGGGUGAAAGCGGAAGUAGGUCAAUUCCGCAUCCAAUAACAAUCAGAGCUUCAGAAGUUAAACGGAACAUUUGAUUAGUAACUGUUGUCAGGUUAGCAGCAGCAGGCAGGACUGACUGGGCCCGUGCAGGCUUCGGUCAUACGUGCUGUGACGUCUGAAGAGUAAGCGCCGUCAUCACGUCGAGGAGUGCUCCUGUCUGUGAAGGAGUAGGGGAGAGUGGGGUCAGUUGAGCCGAGGGGGUAAGUUGAACCACCUCCAAUGAAAUUGAUCAUGUGACCAAAUUAUAAGGAGAUGGGCAUCAAUUCAUGGAGUCUGUGAAGGUUAGAAGCACAUAAGUUGAAACUGCAGGGUUUAACAGAUGUGUGAAGAAAGACACAGUGCAUAUUUGAAUUUUAAGAUAAUAUCAAGUGUUUUUUGUUCACACAGAAAUAACAGUGUUGUUCUGUGUAGAGACUAUCUAUUUAACCCUAAUAGUGUAAGAUCAAAGUAUAUAAGCUAGGCCUGGUCAUAAGCAGCUCAGUUCAGACACAGCAAUUGAACAUUAACCCUAAUGUCAACAAGAAAGCGCCGAUUUCACUGUAAAAGGUAUUCACUGCAUUCACGCUUGAAUUGAAGUAUAAAACAAUUCAAUUUAAAACAGGCUAAAUUAGUAAGAUAAGUGUAAACAUAACUCACAUCUACAAAAGUUCUCACUGUAGGGGAGAAUGGGGUAAGUUGAGUCAAAGGGUAAGUUGAGCCACCCCCUGUUGCUUGGAAACGGUAACAGAAAUUGAUUAUAUGACCAAAUAUUUAGGAGAUGGGCGUCAAUUCAUGGAGUCUAUGAAGUUUAGAAGCACAUGGGUGAAGGGGUUAGACGUUGAUUUCCAAAAAGACAUUUUUCACUCUUGAAGUGAAUAUAGUUGACUAUGGAAGACCACUUUUUUGGCAUGCUCUAUUAUCAAGACAGUUAUGUUUACACUCAUUCUGUUGGUUUGCAGGGAUCCACAACAUCCUGAAAUAUUUGCAGAUACACUAGUUAGAGACAAAACUAUGAUUGCCUUGAUGUAGUGAUCUGAAAUAUGAAAAAUGGCUCAUCUCACACCACUCUUUCCCACAUACAUCCGCUGUGUGAUGAAACUUUGAGUCACUUAUAGAAAGUUAAUCUAUAUUAAAAUCUGUACAAGUUUGGAGUGUAAGGGGGAGGAUUUUUGUGUAAUGUUAUUUUGACUUAAGGCAAAUAUAUUCCUCCUUGUUUCCCAGCAUUUUAAAUGAUUUUAAAAAAAAUCUUUUAAACAUAUUUAAAAGCAGUAAACAAUCAGUGCCUUGACUGUCUGAAUUAAUUGAUUUUUAUAUUUAUUAAAGGCCCAAAUUUAAAAUUAAAUUUUAAAAGCUACUCAGAGUAAUUUGUGAAAUGACCAAUUGCUUGUUUGUUAGUAAAAAAUAUGUUAAAAGAGUAAAAUAAUUAAAUCGAAAGAGGUUCCAACAGAAAACUUGUAAAAUGCUAUCGUAAAUCAAUGCUAUCCAGCAAAAAGAUAUUCUAAUCUAUUUUAUAUUUGCUGAGACUUGUUCUACUUCUCUCCCAUAGUCAACUGAAAAUACAAUAUUUGGUCAGGGUACAACUAUAAUCCCAGUAACAGAUCAGUACGAUACCCGUCACCCCCGUGAAUACACUGGUAUAAAUGUCUCUUAUAAUAUUUAAGGUAUUUGCUUGAUUAUAUUGUCUUUGUUUUAAUCAUGUGUAUUUAUAGACGCCUGCAUCUGCCAACUAAGAUAAUGGUGGUGAUGAUGAUGAUAUUAUUAUAAGAAUAAAAAACAUAAAACAACAUACUUGCCCACGCACGUGUUCAGAGGGAUGGUCAGGGGUGGCUUUGCACAACAUCUGGUUGGCUGCCCCAAAAUCUUGAACCUCGAUUGGCUAUAUGCCUGUCAAAGAUUGGACUUGUGUAUGAAUCAACUAUUUUGGGCAGUGCAGUAGGCUGCUAUGGUUACCUUUUAGUAGGCUGUUUCAGUUCAGUGUAGCUCAUUUCCUCUCCUUAGUACUUUAAACUCCCACUUUUGGCAUUAAUCCUAUCGUUGAGUUCUUACACAGUUAACCUCUAAGAGUUUAAGGUCAGAUAAUCUGUCGUAUUGCUUUUUAAAGUUAGCAGCAAUUUACACGUUUAGACUGUUUCUAAUAGCUUACAUGAGAAUGGAAAUCUCAUACUAGCUAGCCAAAACAAUAAUCACCUAAUACAGUACACUACGAUACAUCAAAACAAAAUAAUAUUUCUUUUCUGAUUGGAGCUAUUGUUAAAGUAACUGAUGGAAUAACCAGCUUCUUCACAAAUCAACUGCAUGCGUUUAAUACUUGAUUCUGAUUGGUCAAAACCUCUAAAAACAGUUACGACCUCUCAACAGCAAAGAGAAUGUCAGAGUCUGGCACGUUUCACCUCUGCUUGUUGACGCAGUUUCAGAUUUGUAGUCUACAUCAGCAAGUUAAACGGCAUCUCUUUAAUUAUAGUCCCUCCUAACCUGUUUCCAUUCAGUUAGUGGUCCCUUGCUCAUAAAUCUAUUAAUGUUUUGCUUAAUCAAGGCCCAUUUAUUUUUUUUGUAAAUAUUUUUUGUAAGCAUGUCCCUUUGUUUUUUGUUGAUAUUGACAGGAGUGAAUUUAAUCCUUCAUUUAGAGAUAUUGCUCACUAGCAACACCGGACAGCAGUAGUGGAAUAUAAGAGUAUUUUGUCCAUUUCAAACCACACAGAGUCUGCAGAUGUGUGCAGUGGGGAGGUCUCUAGUGUCUCAAACAUGCCGGAUGUGGUGGGGCUGUUGAAAGAGGAAGCAUACGCUUUCUGCUGCAAACCAAAGAAGAAUGAGGACGGCUGGACCACUGACGGUAAAGCACAGAAACUUAUGAGAAAAGAAUUCUUUUAUUUAUGAGUGGAAGUAGUUCAUGAGCUUUUUUUAAUAUUGAUGUUAUCUUUGCAGAAGUUUGUAAGUCUGCAAAAAGUGUGAAAUUUCACAGUUUUAACUGUAAAAGAGGCUAUGAAAAAAAAAUCAGGCUUUGAAAAUGAGGUGUAACCACUGAUUUGAAAGACGUUUAGCUGACCAAGCACACUUUGCCUCUGUACAUUAAUGCGAGUGAAAAAAAAAGGGUAUUGACUCAUAUGAAUUUUGGAAGGAGAAGAGUACAACACUGUGUUUUAGCGUUGGCAAUACAUAUUCAAAAAGUAAUGGGGUUGGAUGCAGAUCGGCUUAAAAAUGUAACGUGCUCUGUCAAUGCUAACACCCCUGAAAAAUUAGACAAAAUGAAAAAGUAUUUGUCAUAGGAAUGACGUAUAAAGACAGGAACGAGAAGGUCUGAGUUUCAGUGUUUUAUGUUUAAUCCCAUUUAGUGGGUGCAGUUAUUGUGGAGGUGUCAAUCUAACCUUAAUGUAAAAAUCAAGUAAAAUAUACUGCCUUCUUAUUUGGGUCUUAAAUGGGAACAGAAGUUUAAUCUCAAUGGGGCUAAUAUGGUUAAAUAAAGGUUAAAUUAAUUUAAACAAAUAGCUGAAAAUAUGGUAAACACACUCUUUGAGCUACACCUACCUUAACAUAAUGCUGAACAAUAUCAUAGUUCUGCAACAAAUCCUGUCAUUUGGUUUUUGUCGAAACACUUUUGUGAUCAUUGAACCUUUCAUAAAGCAUGAGAAAGCACCAUUAAUUUCACCGCCACAAGACAUACUUUUAGUCAUUAAAUUAACAUUUUUGCUGUGUAAAAAACACAUUAAAAUGUAAAAAAUAAACAGCCAAAUCCUGUUUUUUUGUUUGUUUGUUUGAGUGUGUUUUUUACUGCAGGAGAAACUAAGAGUCAUGUGGUGAAUCACAGAGGAGUAGCUGCAGAAACAUUUACUUCCAGUAAAAUCAUGACUCAAGAAAACUUAACCUGCACAAGUUUCCUAACUGCUCUGAUGACAUCCAGAGUGAAAACAAGGUCCUGAAUCAGUGGCAGGAUUGAGACAUAGGUGUAUGAUCUAGAGUGUGGAGGAUUUAGCCGCAUUAAGCAGAACAGGCUUUUUAGAAAUGGAAUAUUAUAUCUGUAAAUGUGUUUGAAUUGUACAAACUAGUUUAUGAGAUUUUAGAUGGUGAUUGGCAGCGGUCAGACGACUAAGUAAGAGGGAGUGAGAGAUGGUAAAAACUUCAUAAAAGGAGGAUCAUAGUUAUGAUGUAUCACAGGGGCUUCUUGUCCUUGAAGGCCACGGGUCCCUUCCUUACAGAGAAAGAGUGAGCAGGGAAGUAGUCUAAUCCUGAAUCUGACAUAAUCAUUAAGCACAGUGCAACGCCAUCCCAGUCAUCACCUGUUUUCCCUGCUACCCUCUGAAAGGCUCUACAGGGCACUCAGAUCCCGCAACUCCAGGCCCGAGAACAGUUUUUACUAUAGAGCCACAACUGAACAAAAUAAAGCAAGCCAACAAGGACAGUAAAUGGGUUUCUUAUUCUUGUUCAACCAGUGCAAUUAACGGGACAAUGUGUGCAAUAUGCACAAUAUACAAUAGUUGUGCUUUGUGUGUAUAUGUGUUUAUGUGCAGAUAUGUAUUCACAUAUAUAUGUGCAUUCAGAUACACACACACACAUACACACACACACACACACACACACACACAUAUUUAUAUAUACAUAUAUAUAUAUAUAUAUAUGUAUAUGUAUGCAUAUGUAUAUAUAUAUGUGUAUAUAUAUAUGUGUGUAUAUAUAUAUAUAUAUAUAUAUAUAUGUGUGUAUAUAUAUAUAUAUUAUAUGAUCCUUUUUAUCAAUGACAAUUCUUUAUAUGUGUGAGUGAAUCUCUACAUGCAUGUGUUUCUGCUAUUCAGGCAUGGCACAAAGGAGAUUUCAUUGCACCGCGUAUAAUGACAUUCAAGACUUAUCUAUUCUAUUCUAUUCUAUUUUAUUCUAUUAUAUUCUGUUCUAAUGUCUGCACUCUAUGCUGUUUACAUGCUACAACUCAGGAGAUGCCGUGGAUGGAAAUAUAAAAGACAAACUGUAAAAUAUUGUCAUAUUGUGUAAAAAGGUUAUAAUAAAGUCAGAGUUUUGGUUGAGCAGCCAGCUGCUUUUACCAAAAUGAGAGACAUGGAGUGUCUGGUGAAAGUUUGAAUUUAUGCCCCUUAGGUGCACAAAAUCAAAGCUCAUUUCAUCUUCUUUUUUUACAGUUAGGUAAGACAGUCUGAAGGGCAACGGGAAAUGUGGGUAGUAGGGUGUGGGGGGGCGGCGAGCUGCAAAGGUUGAAAGCAGGAAAUCAAAGUGACCACUAUGUUGAAGACUGCCGCCUCUGUGUCCGUGAUGCGCACUUCAGCUGCAAUGCGAAACAACACCAAAAAUUUCACACCAUUUAAUUCAAGCAACUUUCCUACAAGAAAUGAAGCAGCAACUUCUGCAGUUUACGGAGUUUCCACCAUGACCAGGCCCCAAAAGUCAGGAACAGAGAGCUCAUUGAUGAGACUCAUUUUUUUGCGGGAAGAUUAAACAUGUUCACAGUCUGGUUAAAAUAGAAACAAUUGGUCUUUAUACCCUUUUUUAUCAUUUUGUACCCACCAUUUUGAGCGUUCAGUUUGUCUUAUAACCUACCUUUUUUAACAACAUAAAAGACAAGCGUUUGUGCAAACUUGGGCACCAUGGAUUUGUGAGUGAUUCAACUGACAGGUUUAUUGUAGCUGUUAAGCAUAUCUUGACGAUCAGCCGUAAGGUAGUUGAAGUCAGUGUUUCUGGUAUGGUCACGGCCACCUUUAUGCUUCAAAACAGAAACUACUGAGCGACUUUUCUGAGAGAGUGUCAGUGUCUCAUUUAGUCUAUGGUUAACAGCCAUGUUUUUAAAUAGCGGUGUAACCAAACCUUUUCAUUUGAUCAGUGCUGACCUUAAAAUACAAAACCUGAUACAGAGUGAAUCUAGUUUAAUUUGCUGCACAGAACUUUCUCUCACACGACUCAUUCGCUGUUUAUUCAGAGAAAAUAGAUCCUGAUAGUAAACAUGCUGAACAAGCUGCUGCUUCAAACUAAAACUGAGGGUUAAUACUGAGCAUUAAAGCAUUAAAAAGUGACCAACCUUGGUUUUAAUUCGAUUUAAAUUCAACUCAAAUCAAAAGUGGAUGCUCAUGGAUCAAUAAUUUAAGCUCGGCCGUUAAAGAAAGGUACAACAUGUACAAAUGACCGCUGUAAAGCUGUAGCUGAGCUCUGUUUUACUUUUUUUCUACCUUGAGCCUCUGAUAUGGUGCCGUAUCUCUAGGUGUAAAUGCCACACAUAAGCAGCUCUACAUUUCACUUCAGUUUCGGCCAACCACAUCCUCUGGCUCUCUUUGUGUCUGUAAACAGGAAAACAGCAGCUUCUUCAGCCAUGAUAAAAAGAGUAACUGAUGAUGUUGACCGGUAAAACACACGGUAACUUAAUCUUAACAACUUUAUUCGAUAGGUAAACCCUUUUCAGAUUUGAUUUCAGGGUAAUUUAGCUCAUCGUCAAAGUCCACUUUGUGUUAAAAUGUGUCUCUUUGUGUCUUUCCUCCAGGUAUGUUAGGAAACAGUCCUGCAGUCCUGGCUGUUGCAUCAGUCGUGUCUCUGAGUUUGAUCUCUCUUUUAUGUCUGAGAUGCAAAAAGAAAUCCAGUAAGUCGGUCUCUUUUUGAAGGGGGGUUUCUGGUUUAUAAGCUGUCUUCUGCUGUGGCCUUUUGUUUGUAGGUGAGGGUUUCUCUUUCCACUUACUUUGACGCCUUCAAGGUCAGCUUUUAAAAUAAGGCGAGACAGAAACAUCAAGUAUAAAGGUUGUCAGAGGGGCACAGCAUCAAUCUGUAGUGUUAACAGCACCCGAACCCUGAUCCAGUGCGAUGCUAUGAGGUGCAAGACUGAAAACUAUAAACACCUUUCCUGCGAACAGUAUCGCUGAAAAUUAACUCUCUUUUUCAAGUACUGUUGAGAGGCAUCCUGCUUAUUCUGUGGACAUGCAGAGGAAACAAGUCAAAGGUUAAAAACGGUUUAUAUUCGCAUUUCAAACGUUCAGAUUUUGCUUUUUGUUUUAUUCACUGAUGCAGUCAUGAUGGUGCGGCUGUGUGGGCUGUUUUUGAAUAGAUUAAAAAUGAAUAGAAAAGAGCUGGUUACAAAAAAGGUGACAAACAGGUGGAACUUGAAACUAACGCACACAGUGAGACUCUGCAGAGAUCGGAAAGAAAAGAUAUCGUCUGUGGAAGAGUAAAGGAGGACCCUCAUAACUUUUUCGACAUCGAGAAUUCGCAGCCAUGUGUUACAGUGUGGUAUCGAGGUUAUAUUUCGGCUUUUGUAUCUUAGGUUUGACUCUCUUGUUCAGCUUUUGGGUUGAGGUUACCCCAAAUUUUGCUCAUAUUCAGAGAAAUUUGACAAAAUAUACAGGAAACAAUUUAAAGAAAACCCCAAAUUCUUAAAAAUUGUUCCUCCAACCACCAUGUGAAUAAAAGGAGCUGGUCCAUUAAGAUGAACGUUUAUUUUUAGUGAAUUUGAAAUCACUGCAGGAGAAAACAGGACUGAAAAAAAGUAAAUACAAAAUUACACAGACGUGGAAUUGAAAAAAGUUUGAAGUGUAAAAUAUUGUCAUAUUUGUAGCUGUUUGUUUUAUUUCAUUUGUGUGAAAUAUUUAUACAAACUCUUCUUCUACUAUUUUGUAUUUCUUGCAGAGACCAUUCACGAGGUGCAACAAGUCUACAACACACAGAUAUUGUGAGUAUAAGGCAACAGUGUUGUUACCAUCAAGGACAAAGACAGGAUAGAUUUACAAAGACAAACUUAUUUUAGAGAAAAUUUAGGAUGAGUUUAACAGGGAGCUAAAAAAAAGAAGCAAGUUUUACCAGCAAAUAAAUCCUCAAAACGCUGUCUUCAUUAAAGCUCCUGUGAGGAAUGUUUCAGUUUUGGUGCCCCUUGUCUUGUUGCUGAUGAUCUUGUUUGGUUUUGUAUAUCGUUAAAGAGCUUAAACAUAAACCUCAGUAUAUUUUGUAAAUGGCAAUAAAUCAUUUAAUAAAUAUAUAAAUAAAUCAUAAAAAUUCCUUAUAGGAGCUUUAAAUUCCUCUUUUAAUCACAGCUGAAAUCUGCUUGAUGAAUUCAUAUCCCUACAUCUCCCUCUGGAGCCCACACAGGUGAAAUUAUCAAUUACAAAAAUAGAGUUUUUGAAGUCACACAUGACAUAAAUAAUAGAAAUAAUGACAACAACAAGCACUCAGGCCCAGGAGCUGUUUUAUAUGUAAAUUUGUAAGCAUGCACCUGUAAAAAUACUUAUUUACUGCCUAUACCUUGUCAUUUUACUCUGAUUUUCUAGAUUUAUAAAUUUUGCACAUGACAUUUAUUUGCACAUUAAAUAUCCCCAGCAUACUUUUAUAGCUGUAUUUAUAUAUUUUAUUGAGAAUUGACAGUUUUUCUUUCUUAGUAAAUCUCUAUGUCCUGUUUUAAUACAUCUCUGAAGGCUUGAAUGUGACUGAGGUCUGUAGUAUUCAUUGUUAGAUGUUUUUCUGUCUGACAGACUGGAACUUUAGCUGCCAAAACAAUUCAAGUUACCCACAAGGAAUUAAUUAUCUAGACUGUAGCACUAAUGUGAGUAAAAUCUUUUACAUUUGAAUAAAUAAAGAAGCUCCCAAAACACGUCAACUGUUGUGAUUUGUGAAAUGUAAUUGAGCGUAGAGUUAGUUCAGGCAGGCUGCUCAAAUCAAGUUCAGCUCAGUUCCCCUUAUCAUGGCUCUGUUCUGCUUCUUUUUCCUUUUUUGUCUUUUUUUUCAUAAUAUUAAUAAUUUCUUACUUUAUAAUUUUGAAUGCUUUAAAAAAAUAUAAAUUGAUGUUUUCCUGACAGCCAGCGUGGAGGGAGCAGGUUUGCAGUGACAAAAUCAAAAACAGGUCUGCCUGUCUGUCUGCUCCCAUUAAUUCAUAACUCACUUUUCCAGCUGCAUCUUUCACUAACUUUUACUCACUUUCUCUUUUAUUCUUCAGUCACCAGACCCAAUCAAAUAACCGAGUACGUACACAUAACAACAGUGCAUCUCACGGUUGCACAUCUUCACACUCAUAUAACACAGAAUUAAAUGUGGAGCGUUGUGUGACCACGCUUGUUCUGUUUUUGUGUGAAACGUUUUUAUAUGGUUGCAUGCGAUUAAAAAACAGGAUGUACAGAAAUCUGAGUUUUUUUUAAAUGUGUUGUGUUACUUGUGUUUGGUACACAGAUUUAUUUAUAAGAAAAAAUAACUGUAUUUGGUCAUCAUCUUAAUGAUUUUACAACUGCAUGUGUCUUUUUAGUGAAAAUCGAAAUUUUGGGGACUCUCUACACGGUAAGCAUGUGAAUCGCAAAAACUUCAGGAGUUUAAACUGAUUCCUUAAAGGGACGCUUUUAACAAUUAUAAUAGACUAAUAUUAAUCUCUGUUUGUCACAGAAGAAGAAGCUGAUGAACAGUCUGAUUAUCAAAACAUCACUGAAGGUAAGUCUGCAGACGUGGUGCACACUUAAAAGCUUAAUCGGUUAAUCAAGUUAUUGUUGUUUUCAACUGUUUUAUGUUGUUUUACUCCAGCUCACACAGGAACAAGUGCAGAUCAUACAUAUGUGUGAGUAUUUUUUUACACAUUUUCUUUUACACAGUUGAAUAAAUAGACCGGUGCUACUAAAGGCAGAAUUAUUCAUCAGUUUUCUGUGGGCUGUGUGAAUGUGAAACACUUCUGGGUAUCCACAGGGAAAUACUGGAUAUUGGAGUGUUUUUACUUAAAUGAAUAUUUAAGCUUUUAUAUGACCCACAAAAGCAAACAGAACCACAUUGACACAUUUUAUCUUGUAUUUUUGAUGCCUGUAACUGCUGCAGGGAUUUGGUGAUCAGACAAGAUGAUUUAUAACACACACUGAGGAGACAGCCUUUUUAUUUACCACUGUAGUAUUCACGGUUAUGUUUUAUUGUUCAUUUUCAAAAGAAAAUUGAAUUAUCAGAAAACACUACCCACACAUACAAGAGGGCUGGGGAUGGUUGUAAUGUUUCCACCAGUCUCAUGAUCAGUGUUUACACGUGGAUUUUUGAGGUGGUUUCUUUUGUUGUACACAAACUUUGUACAAAACUCCGUAAUUCAGUCUUCCCUUCAAGACAAACUCUGUAAAGUCAUAAAAGGUUCAUCCACAGGGGGGCGCCAGGAUAGACGCUAACUGAAUGUUCCUCACAGGAGCUUUGAGAAAAUGUGCUCAGCAUGUUUGUCACAUUCAUGAAUGAAUCUUAGAGAACACAACUUCACAACAAUAAUAAUGAUGAUGAAUCAAAUAAAAUCAAGAAUCCACAGUGCAAAGGGUUAAAAAAUCUUUUGUCCAUGUACUGUUUACAGAGCUCCACUCCCCAUCGCAGUGUAUGAAAAUGAAAACGGAGCAGGUGAGUUUUUCCAACAAGUUUUUCCUCACUUUGUCUCUCAGUACACAGUAGAGAAACUAUCAAAAGCUCUUUAAAAGAACUGAAUAUAUGUAUUUCAAUAUUUCUGUCUCACAGGUGUGAGUCAGCCUCAGGAUGUCUACGUAAACAUCACCCAGGAGCGGAAAAGUGAUGGUAUGCCUCCAAAGCUCUAAUUUACUCCAUUUCCUCUGAGGUUUUUUAAAACUGUAGAGCUCUGUUGUAGAAAAGUAAGAGACGUCAUUUUGAGUGCUUUUUUUUUCUGAACAGAUGAGGACGACUAUGAGAACUCUGAAUUCCUAAAGGAACAAGAAGGUUAGUCUGAGAGUAUUUUAUGUAUUUAAGUCUGAUUAAGUUUGUUUUAUUCUGCUCAGGAGGACAAGUUUUCACCAUGAUCUUAGUUAAAUGGCUUCCUAGUUUUGAAUGUAGAUAUUUGAGUUUUGGCUUUGUUUUACAUAACUGUAAACCUUUUAUUUUUUUAAUUUAGAUCAGAAAAAUAGGAAUUACUGAAAUCGUAAUAAGCACUAAUUAGUAUUUUCGGACAUUUCUAUGACUGGAAAUGUGGAUUUAUGUUAGAAUUAGAAGAAAAUAAAGGUUUAAUGUAGUUUUUAGUUAAAGUGUGUUGAUCAGUGUACAGGAAAUAUACAGUCAAUGGAAUCACAACUUCAUAAUUGUAUCUAUAAGUUGGUUUUUAUACCAGCUGUAAAGGAUUACCAAAAAGGGGUUAUGCCAAAAAAGAGGAUCGUCUUAGAAAGUUGAGAUUUCCAGUAGAGUGAUGGACCCCAAAGAGGGUUAUGACGCGACAAUUUAAGGGCUGAUAAUAAACAACAUCCUGCUCUGCCAGUAAAGCUUUGCAAACUUCAUAAAAGGACUUCCAAAUAAAAACAACAAGGCUGAUUGUGAAUCUAAACCAUUUGUCACAAUAACUGAAACACAGACAAGAAAUUAUGAGGAGUCCUGCCUCCCUCUUGGCUUCACCUCCACCAAAAGAAGGCCGCCUAUUGUGAAAAUGUAGAAGUUGCAGGUUGCGGUAUCACUUCUAGUUGCUUCCUUUGUGAAAGCAGGAUUGCUCUGAAGCUGCAGUUUAGCCGUUUUUGCAAAAAAAUCUUCAGAAUGAUUAAAAAAUGUUGUCAUUUUUAGCAGAAGGCUUUUCUGAUAUGAUGUUUAAGUGCGUAUGUCAGUGUGUAAUAGCGGUUUAGAAAUAGAUAAACAUAUUUUUCAAGGUGGUCUUUUAAAAUGAAUAUCAAAAUCAUAUUUCACUUCUCAGGGAGUUGCUGUCUUGCCCUGUUAUGACCAUAAACUGUAUAUAGAAUAUAUAUAUAUAAACAUAUUUGCAGUCUAUGGUUAUGACAUGCUCUGUAGCUCCAGACUCAAAUCUUUAACCCUCCAUUUCUUUUGUUUUUAGAGCCGGAUUAUGUGAAUGAAAACGGCGAGGACACCUGACGUGAACUUCACUGGCAAUACAGAAAACAUCAGCUCACUCUCUGAACUUUCUCUGUGUAUAUACAACUAUUAUUUUCUGCUGUUUCUGAUGGAGUUCAAGUGUAAAAAUCUGUGCUCAUGGAGCUUGGAUGUGAUGAAAACUUGGACUGCCAUCUAGUGGUGAAAAAUAUCUUUUUAAAAUGCACUGAACAAUCAAUCAGUAAAAAGAAAGUAGUAUGAA